UGUAUGGCAUCAGUCGCACGGAGCAACAAAGAAGAUGUUUAAGCUUUUGGCACUUUCUUUCGUGCUUAUUGCAUCGGUUCUAUCCGAGCCCAAACCCGAUCUUACCAUUCCGUCCGUUAUUUCUGGGGUAUCCACCGGAAGUUUGGACACAAAUGGCAACAUCGUCGCCAACGUUGACCGUAUUCUGAGCAUUCUGAACCAGUUUCAAUCGAUCGUCCAAAGUUUGUACUACAUCAAAUCACCCGAAUAUGCUGCUGCUGCCGAUAACUUUCGCUACGUGAUGGACAGCCUAGUGGAAGCCGGAAGCCCGAUCUUCCAAGGUUUAUCCAACGUGGCAAAGGUUUCUUCCGGAAAUGUUGAGCGAGCAUUCGAUGGAAUCCGUUCCGAUAUAAAUUACGCAGUUGGACUAAAUGAAGAGCAUCUAUCGUUGGUGAAUCAAACACGUGCAAUUCUCGGGGAUGAAUCGACGGCCUUCUUCCAGGCUAUUCUAAACCAACUAGCCGGCAACAUGGCCAACGUUACAGCUCUGUUGAACAACAUCCAGAGGGCGGUUAUCCAAAUACGACAGCUGAAUCCUAGAACUCAGCCCGCCAUUAAUUCUUUGCUCCCUAACAACGACAUCAAGGCGCUGAACGCAGUAUUACGACAGUAUAUCAUGAUCGGUGAUGCAGCCAUCCCUCAAAUUCGUUCGGUUGUCAGCAGGAUACAGACGAUAGACAAUUUCAGAACGCGAGUCAGUUCGCUGUUCACUCAGAACCGUCAAAGUAUGGAUGCAUACGUCAAUCGAACACUUAUUCCGUCUCUGAACUCCAAUGUCAUAAACCUUCUUGCGGAUAAUUUGGCAAAUCUUCGGAAACAGCUAGUCGAGCGAACUGCCAAGGAUGCUAUUUCAGUUGCAACUCUUCUGUUGGACAGUAACGCCUUUCUCAAUGAUGCCGCAAACCAGACUGUCCCCGUGCUGCAGUCUUUUGCUGUAAACUUGUCGUCAAACUUCGAUAGUUUACAAAGCCGUGUUAGAACGUUAAGAAUUUCCACAAAUCUGCCAUCUAUCGUAAUGAACAUGACUGAAAGCGCACUGAACGCAGUCGUAAACGAAGCUGCUUCAUUGAUGACACAGAGGGUCAACAAGUCGGACACCUGUUUCGCACAGUUCAAUUACCAAUUCGAUACAAUUCCUCGAACCGUUGCAUCACUUCUUAACAGCUGCAUUGGUACCACGGUGUCGGAUUUGACUCAAAUUGCCUCCUUGUUGAGCACAUCGACUGGUAUGUCCAGAGUUGAUGUAAACAAUCAACUAUCGGCAAUCGAAGCAUGUACCAACUUAGUUACUCGGUACGCAACCGAUAUGACAAAGUAUCAAGCUGCUUCCUGUUUGAACGAGGCUCGUGAUUUCAUAGCUGGUCGACAUGCUUAUGCCCAACAGAUAGCCAACUAUCAGAAGUUGUUGGAAAAUGAAGUGUCGUACAGUGCUGGGCGUUACGAUCACUGCUUGGUAAGUUCACUGCGACAAGGGCAAACUAUGGUCAACUAUUUGCGAGGAGCCUUUGGAAAAUGCGUUGGUAUUGCCCCUACCGUCACUCCGCACAGGUUCAGAAUAGGCGGUCGGGUCACCAUCCGGUUCGGUUAAUAACCAGCAAUCCCUGACGAGCAUUGGUUUAUGGCUAUUUGACGAUGAAUAAAGUAAAGGUUUUCGCAAACCAAACAA